AUGUCGAUGACCAUAGAUGAUUGCGCUCCCGGGCGGGAAGGAUUUCCACGACCUUUCCCCGACACGCCCACCAAUGUCCUGGAGCAAUUCCGUCUGGGUGGAAAGGUGGUGGUAGUGAAUGGCGCUGCUGAUGGCAUUGGGUUGGCUGUAGCUGAAGCCAUGGCGGAGGCGGGUGCACAUGUCGCAUUGUGGUACAACUCAAAUGAUGCCGCAAUUGGAAAGGCUCAACAGCUAGCCUCAACACAUAACAUCCAGGCAGCUGCUUACAAGGUUGAUGGUGAGGACUCUCCAUUCUGGGAAGACGUAUCCGAUGCCACCCAAGUGUCUCAGACAAUUGACAAGGUCGUCAACGAUUUCGAAAAGAUUGAUGUUUUUGUGGCCAACGCAGGGAUGGCUAUCUCCAAACCAAUUCUCGAACAGACACUGGAAGAAUAUCAAAAGCAAAUGUCCGUCAACGUCGACGGAAUCGUUCACUGCGCCAAAUACGCCGGUCACAUUUUCCAGCGUCAAGGCUUCGGCAAUCUCAUCAUCACCUCGAGCAUGAGCGCACACAUUGUCAACGUACCGGUUGACCAACCCGUCUACAACGCCACCAAGGCGUUCGUGACUCAUUUUGGAAAGUCGCUCGCUCGCGAAUGGCGAGACUUUGCCCGCGUGAACAUUGUUUCGCCGGGCUUCUUCGACACAAAAAUGGGGGCCAGCCCGCUCUGUGUGAACGAGGCGUACCGUAUGUCUGCCCUCGGAAGACAAGGACACGUGAAGGAGAUCAAGGGGCUGUACCUCUAUCUUGCGAGUGACGCAUCGACUUAUAUGACCGGAAGCGAUGUGCUUAUUGAUGGGGGAUAUGUUCUGCCCUAG